AUGAUGAAUAUAGAUCAACACCAUCAACAACAGCAACAAGCACAGGCACAGACUCAGGCACAGGCUCAGGCUCAAGCCCAGGCACAAGCACAAGCUCAAGCACAGGCGGCAGCAGCAGCAGUUGCAGCCUCAUCUCAACGUCAAGUUUCAUUUAAUGUUUCAGAUCAUUAUCAAAUAUUGGAAAUUGUGGGAGAAGGUGCUUAUGGUAUCGUUUGUUCAGCUAUUCAUAAACCAUCAAAUCAAAAAGUAGCCAUCAAAAAAAUUGAACCAUUUGAAAGAAGUAUGUUGUGCUUACGUACUUUAAGAGAAUUAAAAUUAUUGAAACAUUUCAAUCAUGAAAAUAUCAUUAGUAUAUUAGCCAUUCAAAGACCUUUAAAUUAUGAAUCAUUUAAUGAAAUUUAUCUUAUUCAAGAAUUAAUGGAAACAGAUUUACACCGAGUUAUUAGAACCCAAAAUUUAACAGAUGAUCAUAUUCAAUAUUUUAUUUAUCAAACUUUAAGAGCAUUAAAAGCAAUGCAUCUGGCAAAUGUAUUACAUCGAGAUUUGAAACCAUCAAAUUUAUUAUUAAAUUCAAAUUGUGAUUUAAAAGUUUGUGAUUUUGGAUUAGCUAGAUCAAUUGCAUCUCAAGAAGAUAAUUAUGGAUAUAUGACAGAAUAUGUUGCUACUAGAUGGUAUAGAGCACCAGAAAUCAUGUUGACUUUCCAAGAAUAUACCACUGCUAUUGAUGUUUGGUCUGUUGGAUGUAUAUUGGCAGAAAUGUUGAGUGGUAGACCUUUAUUCCCCGGUAGAGAUUAUCAUAAUCAAUUAUGGUUAAUUAUGGAGGUUUUGGGUACUCCAAAUAUGGAAGAUUAUUAUAAUAUCAAGAGUAAAAGAGCAAGGGAAUAUAUUAGAUCCUUACCAUUUUGUAAGAAAAUCCCAUUUAGUGAAUUAUUUAAUAGUAGACCAGGAAUUAAUCCAUUAGCUUUGGAUUUAUUGGAAAAAUUAUUAAUUUUCAAUCCUGCUAAAAGAAUCACUGUUGAAGAUGCUUUAAAACAUCCUUAUUUACAAUUAUAUCAUGAUCCAAAUGAUGAACCAAUCAGUGAUAAAAUUCCUGAAGAUUUCUUUGAUUUUGAUAAAAUGAAAGAUCAAUUAUCAAUUGAAGAUUUAAAGAAAAUGUUGUAUGAAGAAAUCAUGAAACCUUUAUAA